AUGUUGGAUGCAUGCGAGGACCAAGCUCCUGAGAAGUUUCAGGGGAAGUAUCAAGCAAUGAUAGUUUGUUGUAUUCUUGGAAUCGGAUCUCUUGUUUCUUGGAACAGUAUGCUCACUAUCGCAGAUUACUACUACCAAGUUUAUCAUCCUUCAAGGGUUCUACCACUUGUAUACCAACCAUUUGCGGUUGGAACAAUCCUCAUUCUCGCAUACCAUGAGUCGAAAAUCAAUACUCGAAAACGAAUACUAAUCGGUUACAUUCUAUUCACAAUAUCCACAUUCUUGCUCAUAAUGUUGGACUUGGCAACAAAAGGUCUCGGUGGAAUCGGACCUUACAUCGGUUUAUGCGCAAUUGUAUCUUUGUUUGGCAUCGCCGAUGCUACUGUUAAAGGAGGAAUGAUUGGUGAUUUAUCUUUAAUGUGCCCUGAAGUCAUACAGUCAUUCAUGGCUGGCUUGGCUGUAGCUGGUGCUCUAACAUCAGCGCUUAGGCUAAUAACUAAAGCAGCCUUUGAGAAAUCAAAUGACCGUCUACGAAAGGGCGCAAUGAUAUUCUUAGCAAUCUCAACAUUCAUAGAAUUCCUCUGUGUGAUGUUAUAUGCUUAUGUGUUCCCAAAACUACCCAUCGUUAACUAUUACCGACAAAAAGCCGCUUUGGAAGGAUCCCAAACUGUUGCUGCUGAUCUUGCCGCUGCUGGUAUCCAGUAUCAAUCAAACUGGACUGAUUAUGAUUCCAAGAGUCAAAUGCUAAGUAAAAAAGAUCUAUUGCUUCAAAACAUAGACCAUGCAGUGAAUCUAUUCCUCAUCUAUGUUUUGACAUUAUCCAUUUUCCCUGGGUUCUUAUACGAGAACACAGGACAACACGGGUUAGGGACUUGGUACCCACUUGUCCUAGUAGCGGUGUACAACUUUUGGGAUUUGGUUGGGAGGUACAUGCCGCUGGUGAAAUGGCUGCAGAUUAAAAAUAGGAAAGCACUAACGAUUCUGGUUUUGUCCCGUUAUUUACUCGUUCCGGCGUUUUACUUCACCGCAAAAUAUGGUGAUAAAGGAUGGAUGAUUAUGCUCAUUUCUAUUUUGGGAUUAAGUACUGGCCAUCUCACUGUUUGCAUUCUCACUGUAGCCCCCAAAGGUUACAUGGGUCCGGAGAAGAACGCAUUGGGGAAUCUGCUGGUGACUUUUAUAUUAGGAGGAGCACUUACAGGAAUUUCGUUGGGCUGGUUAUGGCUUGUUGGUAAAAAAGAUGCUUUUUGAGUUCUCAUCAAACGGUUACUCACAUGAGAACCUAUUCAGCUUCAUGAACCCAAUAAUAUUUGGGCCAGAUAAAUGUUUUUUUUUUUGACUAAAGCAAGAUAAAUGUUUGCUUCUCAAUUUAUUUAAUAUACUAAAUAAACAGUAGUUUAACGACAACAUAUACCGUUGUUGAUUCGUCCGGUGGGUUCCCAGUGAACGGAUUGACGUACACUAUCCCAUGCCCGCUGAGUUUCCAGGUUCCCGAAUGCAAUCGUUGCAAUGAUGGUGUUACUGCCUUUGAAUCUGCACGGAGCUGAGAAUGUUUUUGCCUCACAGCAGCAUAGUU